AUGUUCACAGACAUCUACUGCAUUACUACUAUAGGUAUGUUCCAAAAGACCAUUCGCAUUUUUGUUGUAUUGUAAGUAAGUACCUAUUUGUAAUAUAUUAAUUAUAUAAUUAUAAAUUUGACUUUCAAUAUGGUUUUCGUAAUUUCUCUGUGAGUAAGAUAAACCAAUUAAAAUACGGACGCAUCAAGCAAUUUCAACAGGUAAUAUGUAUCACAUACAUUUCAUUUAUUCAUUCCAUUGUAUUAUUAUUUAAUACAGUUUAAAUACAUUUAAGUGCAAUUUAACAGUUGAUACCAUGUAAACUGAAUUAAUUUCUAUUUUACUUAAUAUUAACACAAUAGCUUAAUUAAGAUCAAACUGGGUACUGCCCAUUAUCGAACAAAACAAUAUUUGUAUUAAAUAAUUAGCACAAUAUAUUUCAUGAACAAUCAAUUUGAGAUUGAUAUACAAUAUUCAAAGACAAGAGUUGUUUUUAUAUUUAUCAUUCUUUAUUUCAAACAUAUUCAUCAAAUAUUUUAAAUUGUAUUUAUUCUGAACACUACACUAUAUUAAUGAUGUAUAUAUAUAUAUUUUAAAACAUUAAUAACUUAAAUAAGUUUGUUUUCAUACAUAGGUAUCCAGUUUGAAAAAAAUUCCAUUCAUUUUAUUAAAUUGAAAAACAUUUCGGGGAUGUCGCAUCAAACUGUCAAAAGACAAAUCGAAAACAUUACGUAUACCAAUGGUUAGUAUAUUGUAUUAUUAUAUUAUAUAUAUGUAUUUUCUAAAUUUUUUAAUUUAGAAAGCAUUAAGAUAAAAAGAGUAAAGUUAACUGUAGUUAAUUUUUAGUUCCCAGAAAGUUAUGUGAUUAACACAAUUGAUUUACAUAGGUAGCAUUAAUAAUUUCUUUGAUAUUAAAUACUUUUGUGAUUAUACAAAUUUAAAAUAAUAUGCUAUGUUUAAUUAUCUAUAUUUUUCAUUUAAGUAUAACUUAAAAUAAUUUUUUAGUUAUAAAAAUACUGUAAUAAAAUAAUUAAUAAUAGAUACAUUUACCUUUGUACUAAUUAUAGUAUAAUAUAAAGUAAAUGUUAAGAUAAUUUCAAAAUAUAAUAUAUUUGAAUUAUUAUUUACACAAAAUUAAAGUAUACCUGUUAUUUAUCUAUCAAUGUAAUUGGGUUUUCCCUUAUAUUUCAUAACUUUGCUGAACAUUAGUACCUCUAAGGCGCUAAAUAAUUAUUGUAUCUAUACUUAUAAGAAACAUGAUUAAUACACUGAUUGCAAAUACUCACCUAUCUAUUGGCCAUGUAGUUUUACUACUCAAAAUUUUAUGCCACUAAAGUUAUCACUGAGCGCUGAUGUUAUUGACAACUUAUUUGUUCCUGCAGGGGGUGUUAACACAUCAUUAACAACUUGUCAAUAUUUCCUUAGCUCUCCCAAUAAUAUCAGGCUAUUACAAGUCAUUUGUUCUUGUGCUUCCACAUAGGUAAAAUCUCUUAUGUUGUUAAAUUUGUCAUGUUUGAAUUUUCGGCUAUUUUUAUAAUAUUGAUAAAAAUUUGUGAAAUAAAGGUAAUAAAAGUUCUGCACAGAGGGGUGAAUUAGGUGGGUCACCUAAUUCAACCUAUACCAAAAUUAACAUAUUAAGUUGAUACUAAUAUUUUAAAAUGUAUUAUUUAUUAAACAAUUAUUAUCUAUUUAUUUAUUAUAUAUAUAUAUUAUAGAUGAUUUAAACAAUGAAGAAUACGAUGUGACUUGGGGUGGAAAAAAAUCUAGAUAUAUUUAUAACUAUACUGCUCUAGAAUUGCCUGAUACAUUUUCAAAUACAGAUGAUUCAGACCAAACAGAAAGCAUACUCAGUAUUCAAACAAAGUCGACAGGUAUAAAAUAUAUUGCAAAUAAUUUAUAAAUAUUUUAAAUUAUGUAUUAAGGGAUAGAAUUUAUUGGUUUCCUAAUGAUAUAUUAUUUAUAUUAGCAGAUACUUUCUAAACUGGUAUAAUUUCAAAAAUAGUUAAUCAAAAUUAUGUAUUUGCGAUAUAUUGUAAAAAAAGAUGCAAGGAUACUAAGUAGUUUAGUUCAAUUUUGAUUAAUUUACAUUAAUAAUUGUUUAACAACCUAUCACUAAAUGCUAGGAUUUUAUUUUAAAAGUUGAAAUGCGAAUAUUUUUUAACUAUCAUUUUAUUAGUUUACCCAUAGAAUUUAUGAUUUACUAUUUAUUAAAUGUUAACUUUUACUUUAUUUUAUCUUUGAUGACAUUAUUAUUAUUGUUUAUUUCUUUAAUAAGAUAAAUAUUGUAUCAUAUUAUAUUUACAUACUAGAUAAUUUAAAUAGUUUCUUUUAUUCUUUUCUAAUAUUAAUAUAAAUUAUGGGAAGAUAUUUAACAUUUUAAGAUUAUUACUCUGAUAAAUAUGUUCUUAUUUGAUAGCAUAGGAUAAUUUUUCAAAAGUAAAUUAGUGGGAUGGUGGAUAUACCAUUGUCACACACAAAUUUAGCUGUUUUUGCACAGCAUUAUUAAGCUUUAUCUGUAAAUCAUUGUAUCCACUGUGUAUAAAUUUGUAAUGAGUUUUAAGUCGGCUCUCAAUCUUUGAACAGCAUUUAAAAUAAAAUAAAUAUAAUGUUUAAACUCUUUACAAAUAAUCAUGGAAAUAGUUCCAUUAAUUUUGACAACUAUAACUUUCGUUGUUUUAGAACCAAUAUAGGUAGCUACAAUAUUCAUAUUUAAAUUAUUACAUUUUUAUUAAGAUUAAUUUAUUACUAAACAUUAUAUAGAUUCUAUUUUAGAUUCCGAGAGACCUGAAGAAGCUUAUGGUUUUACAAAAAUGUUUCUUUUUUUUUCUUUUGUAGACAACUUUUCUACCACAGAUGUUGCUUCGAUUUUUAAGUGUAGCACCAUUUUUAAUAGGAAAUCAGUGUGGAGAGGUACUUUAGAUAGGUCAUUUUUCAAUUUUCUCAACAAAUGUGAUAAACCAAAAAAAAAAAAAAAAAAUAGGAAAAUGUACAAAAUGUAGGUAUUAAUUAAAUAAAAAUAUUACUGCCUUCUUUUUUUAUGUGACGACUUUCCUACAAGCAAUUUUGUACUGAUUUACAAUGAUAACAUUUUUUAUAAAAGAAAAUCUAACUGGGAGGGAGGUACUUUAGAGAGGUAAUUUUUCGGUUAGGUUAAUUAAAUAUAACUGAAGAAAAUAUAUAAUGCCUAGUAAAUUAUUUUAUCAUAAUAUGAAAUACAGUGUGUCCUGCCAUGUUUGACAGAUUUUUCUAGAGCUAUUAAUAUAAAAUAUUUUUCAAUAUUUUUUUUUUUAUUAGUAUUACUUUGAGGGGGACAAAGAUUUGGAGAAAAAUUAAAUUUUUAUUUUCAUCCCCUAAACACAAAAAUGAGUAACUUAUAACUAUACAAAAUUUUCAAAAUAUUUACAAAAUGUAACCAAAUUACAUUAAUUGUAUUUUGAAUUACUUCAUUUAUUUGUAUAAAUCUAUGUGGUAUUGGGUUAUGAGAAGAGCCUCACCUUGAUUCUAACAUAUUAUAUUAAAAAUUUGAAUCAAUUUUAUUUGAGCAAACUUUAUUUAACUAAAUAAUUAUGUAUACUUGACUCAAUAUUUUAUUAUUAAGUAUAUAUAUUUUAAUUGAUCUUCAAUUUUUUAGCUGAACUCCUCAGUGAUGAUGAUUUGUCAUCAAAUGUGAGUAGUUGUGGAAGCAACUGUCAAAAAUGUGAAGAUUCUAGUCAAUCAAAUCUAACUGAAUUUGAUGUAGUUAGCUCAUCGCCAUCACCAUCACCAUAUGGUGAUUUCAUAAAGAAUUUUACUUCUGAUUCUUCUUCAGUUGUAGACUAUGAGGUGAAAAUUGAAUAUAUAUAAUGUUUUUUUUUCUUUUUAAUGUGUUAAAUAAUAUGGUCUGUUAAGUAUUAAACUUAGGUUAAUGUUAGAUGUUUAGAUAAAACAAAUGUUUAAUCAUAAUAGCUUAUAUAUAGUUGCCACCACUUUCAGAAACCUAGAAAAGUCAAAGAAUAUCUGUUAUUUUAAUAAAUUUAGUAAAAUAAAUUGUCAUUUAUUUGAUUACAAGAUCUUAUAUAUUUUUUUCAAUGGUUUUAUGAUAAUAAAAAAUAGAUACAGAAUAAUUCACUAAGGGUGCUCAACCCAGUUUUUUGGCUAAAUUUUUAACUUUUUUUAAAACAAAUACUUUUGAAUACUUAGAUUUUUCACAACAUUUAAAGAGUAUCCUGUGGCUAUGUCAACUUUGGUUUUUCAAAUGAAAACUUAUAUUAAAAAUUCCAUAAAUAGAUGGAGUAUUACUUUAAAUAAAUUUUGGUGUCAACAUUUUUAAUUUCAAUAGGUCAAGGGAGAGGAGUGGUGCAUUAAUAAAAGGCUUCGUGCCUUGCUGCCACACAAAAAUGAUACUAUUAUGGCUUUAACUACUCUUAAAAAUUCCAAAAGUAAAUAUAUAUAUAUAAACUAGACAAUUUAUCAGAAUUAUUUUCAAUUUAGUUUUUGGGCUGUAAUUCAAUUAAAAAUGUAUAGAUAAUUGAAAUGUGGACAGAAAACUUACAUUUGCUUUUUCGAUAUGUCAUACAAUUUUAAAAAUAUUUAAUUUAUUUUUGAGCUGUUGACAGACAUUUUAAUUUUGUGAGUUUUUUACAUAAUUUAUACAAUGUAAAUAGGAACUCUGUGAUUAAUCAUAAGACCAAACAGAAAUUAUUGAAAAUUUAACAAGAGGUUCAUUAGAAGUCUUACUUUGUGGUAAAAAAAAAAAUCUAAUGUACAUUUUUUUUAUAAUAAUUAUUUUAAUAUCAAAUUUUGACAAAAAGUUUAAACAUUUGAGCCUUUUAAAAUAUAUAUAAUUGAAAUCUGCUUAUAAUCAUUUUUUAUGAGCAAUGAUUAAUCAUACAGUUAUGAAUUAAAUUCCUCUCUAUAUCCUACCUUCUCAAUUUGAAAUUUACAACAUCAAUGAAGUAUUAUGUCUCUUUUUUAACACCUUAUGCAAAUUAAAUUUUAUUAUUUUAGUUAUUUUUAUGAUUAAGGCUAAACUAACUAAUACCAUAUUUAAUACCUUAAACUAAAAUUAUAUUUUAUUAACAUUCUAUAGAUAUUGAAUUAUUAGAUUAUUGAAUUCAUUACUGUUAACACUAUACAUAUUAAGUAAACCAUUAAUUAUAAGACUUCAUGAUAAAAUAUUAUAAUUGUUUUUUUUUUUUUUUUACCUAUAAUAAUUAGACAAUUUAUUUAAAUUUAGGUCCCAAACAAAUGUAUAAUAUUGAAUGAACUUUCAAAUAGUAGUGAUAAUGGAUACUUGCCUGAUGAUACAGACAUCCAAGGCGCUAUUAAAUGUACAAAUUUACCACCUCCAGCAUGCUUUCAAACAUGUCUACAGUGCAGAAAGGAAAACCCAAAUCCAUAUUUCCAGUAUUGUUUUAUAUGUUUCAGAGUAAGUAAUCUUAUCUUUUUAUUACAUAGAUCAAUUUGUUUAUUCAUUUUAUGCUUAUAUAAUAUACAUAUUAUUUUAUGUUAAUUUAAUUUUCUUCUCCUUUACCUUAUUCCUAACUUGCGGUCACCCACUUUUGUCCUAAAUUUCCACUUAAUCCAAUCCUCACAUCUUUCUACAUAUACCAGCCAUCCUCAUAUCAUUCUUAAAGCUGUUUCACAUGAAGCAAAUGUUCAUAUGAAGAAUAUGAUUUAGAGUCACAGUGGUUUUUAAUUUCUAAUUUUAUUUCAGUUCCACACUGUAGACAUUUUUUGAUAAGUAAAAAAAAAGUUGAAUAAUCAUAUCAAGUGGUACAUGAAAAAAUGUCAAAAUGUGUUAAUUGUAGUGGAUAUGAAAAGGUUGAGAACCGUCAGACUAUUAAUCACUCAAUACAAAUGACCAGGAAACAUUAUUUCCUGCCAAUUUUCAAAUCAAAUAAUUAUUUUUUAUUUUAUAUUUAGUAGUGCAGAUAUCUUGGAACAUUCACCUAAAAUUAAACAAGAGCGAUUUCUUGGGAUUGUUCGGGACCUAUAUUCAUGUGGUGUAUAUAUGUUAACUUAAAUAUAUCUGUUUAAUUUUGAGUGAAUGUUUGUAGCAAUUUUAAAUCUUGAACAUUUGCUUUGUGUAAACCAGCCUUUAAUCACAUCCUACUACUUAUUUUAGUCUUCUCCUUUUUUUUUUAUUUUUAUUAAAAUUUUUACUACUUCAAAAAUCUCUCUCUCCAUUACAUACACAAACUAUCUAAAUCUAUGCUCUCUCAUUUUGUCUACUAUCAAAGCUAUGUUUAAGCUACCUCAUAUAGUUACUCAUUCUUUAUCCUAACUUCUCUCAUCACUCCACCCAUCCACCUAAACAUUCUCAUAUGUCCUACACUCAUUCUCUGUUCUAUUUUUCUACUUCCAGCUCAACACUCUGUUACAACUAUACAAUAUAGUUGGUCCAUAAAACUGUUUUAGAAUUUAUUUUUAAGUCUCAUUGUAAUCUUUUUGUUAUUCAAACCACUUUGCACUUCUCUUGAUUUUAUCUAACCACACUUAAUCCUAUGUUUUACAUCCUUUUCAUAGCAUUCUUUUAUACACAAAAUCCUUACUGCUUAUUGUCAUUAGCUGUCUUGUUAUUCUUAUCUCAUACCCUAUAUAAUCAAUUUUACUUCUACUUAUUCUCAGUCUCCUGUUUCAAUUGCUAAAUUGUAUUCUUUAAGCCUAUUGUUAACUUUUGCCAGAUUUUCUUCUAUCAAAACUAUACUAUCUGCAAUCACCAUGCACCCUAGUUUGGGUAUCUCCUCUUAUUCCCUUCUUAACUUCAUUUAACAAAAAACAUGUUAAGGCUCAAGACUGAACAUUGAUGUACUCCUGCUCCAACCACAAAAUCUUCUAUUAAUCCACAAACACUUCUUACACUCAUAACUCGUAUUUGAACCUUCAUACAUCAUAUCCUUUAUUAAACUAAUAUACAUAUCUCGGAACUCCUUUUAUUAUUAAUGCUCACAUCAGAACCUCUUCCCACACUUUGCCAUAUGUCUUGUAUGAAUCCAUUAACCAAAACCAAAACCAUUAAUUGGUUUUUAUUCUUCUCUGUACUUUUUUACUACAUGUCUCACACACACCAAACUGGUUUUUAGAUAUUAAUGCCUCACUUUUAUUUCUAUUUUCUAUAAAUUUGUUACUAAAUCUUCACACUAUAGAUACUUAUAAAUUUAUUCCCGGAUAUUAAUAUUUGAGUAUUUUUAAUUUAAUAUCAUUGUAACUGGAAAUAUCAUAAUUAUUGUAGGAUAGAUAGAUCCAAAAAUAAAGACACUACUGUCUAACUUAAACUAGUAUACUAUUAAUUAUUAUAAUUUAUAACUAUAGUGAUUGAUCAAAUCUUGAUUUUUAACAUCAAAUCUAAUGGGUAACUAAACAUUAACCAUAUUUUUUGAAAAAAACCAAUUAAUCCUAUGAGCAUUUCCAAUUAUACUUUAAUUUAAAUUUGUUCAUAUAGAUAUAAAAUAUAAACCAACAAUAAUUACAAUUACUUUUUAUUAUUACUUUAAAUUUAAAUUUUAUGUAAGUCAAAAUUAUAAUUAUAUUUUAAAAAAGUUUGAUAAAUUAAUACUGAUAAAAUCUAAGUUAGGUACAUACUCAGUUUUUAAUGAUUAAUUAGAUCUUAAUAUUUAUAACAUUAUACCAUUAAAAUGUUAAUAAUUUUUAAAAAUAAUUUCUAUAGACAUGAAAAUAACUGUCAAAACCAGUAAGUCUGGUGUGACAAAUAUUUUCUAGUUCAAAUUUCCAACUGAACAGAACCAAACCUUUGUAAGUGAUCAACAUAACUUAAGACAAUUAGUAACUCUCAAAUUGUACAUUACUCUUUUUUUUUUUUUUUGAUUGAUAAUUCCAUUAAUAUAUGCAGUAAAAAUAAAUCAAUGUAACAUUUUAAAACUAAUUUCUCAAAUGUUUUAAAAAGCUAAUAAUGAAUAAAGUUUAUACUUUCUAAGAUAAUAAGUGUCUCAUGUUAUGUUAAUUGCCCUGUAUAUAUAUAUAUAUUUCCAGAAUUUAGUAAUAAUGGUAUUUCAUGUGUAAUAAAAUAAUACUAUUUGACAUUUUUAGAAUCGUAUGGAAUUUUUUAAGAACAAACCAAACCCAAAGCGUCAAAACAAAAGACUUUCCAAAAAAUCUAAUUGUAAAAACAAAUUAAAAGAUGCUCAAGAUUCUGGUGUAUUUUUUUCUCAACAUUCAGAUACUUUGACUCCAGAAGAAAAUGAUAAUUCUCAAAAUGGAAAAACAAUUAGUGCUGACAACGUUGAAUUAACUCAAAACCUAUGUAACAUAUGUUUAGUUAACCCAAAAAAUGGUGUUUUUAACCACGGAAAAAUUGGACAUAUUUUUAGCUGCUACCAGUGUGCUAAGCAAAUUCGGCGCAAGUCCAAUAGAUGUCCUGUUUGUAAUAUAAAAGUUCAGUUUGUUACCAAAAUGAUUACUGUUUAG